AAUCAUUUUCACUCAUUUCAUGAUUUUUGUGUGAUAUUUUUUUCUCCCUUGUCGAGCCGGCCUGCUGGACCUGCAAAAAAGCAAAAAAUAGAAACCAGUUUUCAGCGCUGAAAUGUUAAAUGGUCUCAGUAUCAAAUUAACGAAUGCUACGGAAAUCACCAAACAAACAACUGAGUACGAUUCUGCAGAUACGGUGCCCCCACAUUUGAUUCAACUCGGUCUGGGCACACUGAAGAAAAUGUCGGAUUUGAAUGAAGCACAGCGUUUGUUCAAGCCACAAUCGUCCAAAGACGAUAAGGGGAAGGAUGAAGAGCUUUUUGUUAAGCGGCCCGCUUUCAAUAGACGACAACGUAUGAAGAAGACCAUAAGUUCGGAGCAGGAGGUCAAAGACCUGAAAGAGUUGGACCAACAAGAAGAAGAGAGUCUAAGUAGAAAAUCGGCUGGAAAGCCAGCAACGGACGUGAAGAAAACUGGCAGAGCGGUAGUGAAAAUGUCCAGGCGUCAGAUGAUGUCCUACUCAAUGCCCGGAGCACGUCAAUUGUACAACUUUCUGAAGCAAUUCGCCUCGCAUCGUUGGGUGGCCUUUGAAUUCCUCGACUCCUAUAUUGAUGGUCCCAUAUUUGCCGCUCAAUACGAUACCGAGCGCUUCAUGCGUGAGUGCUGCCCCCAAGUGGAGACGCGGAUGCUGCCACGUCGCGCCUGGCAAUUGGUGCGUCGGCAUAUGGGAAAGGCGCGUCGCUUUUCAGUCGCCUUCAUCGCUCAGGAGCGCCUCGAAUUAGCACGGACCCGUCGCAUUUUACGCUUCCUGCAGCAACGUAACUUCGAGGAAUUCCAGGACACGGCACUGUUGGAACACUUGCCCAAGAUGAUACCUCUACCACUGGCCAAAGAUGCUCGCGUCACCAGCUAUGUGGCCAUGGCCACUGUGGGUAUUUGUGAUGGCCGUGUCAUGAGCUACGAUCAAAAUGACUCGAGCUAUCUGGUGAAGCUUCACAUUUGUGGCAACCCAACGGUCGUCAAUAUGCCCGACUAUCGCUUACAAGCUGUUGAUGAAUGCAAAGUCCUGAUGUUGUCCAACAUUGUGCAGGUGGUGAAUGGACAGCCCGAUGAGAGCGGCAUAUUGGAGAGGGAGCAGGGUAGCGAGGACCAGAACAGCCAGAGUACUGAGGGUGACUAUAGUAGGGAACUGCUUGGCGCGGUAGUGCAGCUCCGAAACUUAGUGGACGUCAAGCAGAAGACCGUGCUGGCCAUCGCCAAAAUGAACGAAAGUUAUGAAGCCAACUGGAAGCCAACACGUCGUGAGCCAAAGAAAACGCCUCAAAAUGAUAAAUUGCAGCGUGUCUUUGCCACGAAUAUGCUGACCUUGCAUCGCAUUAAUGGCGAAAUACUCGAACCACUCAAUGUGGUGCAGAACUUCUUCAAUGAAUACGAGAAGAAGCCAGCAGAUAGCAAACAUCUGGUGGGCAAUGCUCUGUAUAAGAAAUGUCGCUCCUUGGCCGAUCAUGAUCUCAAGUCGCUGAAGAAUGACUUGCGAGUAAAGUCGCCGAAUACUCUGCUCCUGUUGUUGAAUCUACAGAUUCUACUCUAUUUCUGCGCAGAACUGGGUUUUGAAAAUAACGACGAAGUGGAGACGAUGAUAAAUGAUUUUAUAGCCGAUAUGCUAAAACAUAUGCCCGCAAAGCUGGCUUCACUGUUCAAAGAGAUAGUUCAACCAGUGUUGCAGCCAUUCCGUCAGCGCAUUAUGUGUAAGACUAAUAGAGCUCAGUCUAAACAGCAGCAGGUGCCUCAACAGCUCAACCUGCCAACUUUGAACAAUGGCUGUCAACUGCAACAGCAGCUGCCCCAACAGUACACUGGAGCAAUGGCGGUUGAGGGGUGUCUACUGCAACCACCACCACCACCACAACCGACACCGCCACCGCCACCACAGCAGCAUCUGGAGCAGCCUCAACAGCAGUUCGAUGUGCCUAUGAUAACCGAGCAAGAAGAGGUGGUGCUGUAUUCCCCCAAUUUUGUUGUCUAAAUAAAGCUGCACAAUUAAGUGAA